AUGCUGGGCGGAGAUCUGGUGGCGGUGUGGGACGUGGCGCUGAGCGACGGUGUUUAUAGGAUCGAGUUCGCUCAUGGCACCACCACGGGGAAACGCAUCGUGUACGUCAACGGACAGGAAGUCAUCAGGAAGGACUGGCUGUUUAAGCUGGUGGGGAAGGAAACCUUCACGGUGGGGAGCUCCAACACCAAAGCCACCAUAAACAUCGAGGCAGUCAGCGGCUUCGCCUACGAGUACACGCUGGAGGUCGACGGCAAGAGUCUGCAGAAGUUCAUCGACAACAGAGCCAAGACGUCCAAGACCUGGCUGCUCAAGGUGGACGGAGACGACUGCCGAGUCGUCCUGGAAAAGGACACGAUGGACGUUUGGUGCAACGGACAGAAAAUGGACACAAUGGGAGAGUUUGUGGACGACGGCACAGAGACGCACUUCAUGUUGGGGGAACACGAGUGCUGCAUCAAGGCGGCGAGCGGUGGGAAGAAGAAGAGCGGCAUUGUGCACUAUUUACUGCUGGACGGAGAGAAAAUACCAGCGACGACACAAUGAGGCUGAAGGAACGCUGAUCAGUUUCAAAGAGACUCUGUCAACGAGGUAUUUGGACCCAAACUACAAACACCACCAGACAGUACUACAAAUACCACCAUGCAGUGCUGCGACGCUCUGCUGGGACAGGAAGUGUUCGCUUUUCCAUUUCAUUAUUUGUUCGACAAAUUAAGAAUAUAUGUUCAUGUUAAUGUAGUGAAUAAACU